AUGGAUCCGGAGCAACACCAAAUUUCCUCCGAGGCUACAAAGCUACUCUCUAUGAACCCUGCGAUGUACCAGAAUUUAUGUUCUGCUUUUCAAGUGCUGAUGGCAAGGGACCAUGGUGAUUCCGGUGGUCCUAUUUUUGCCAAGAUGGAGUUGUUUCCCGGAAAGCGAGAAUACGUCCAGCUCGGUGUCGUUACGGGACACGAUUCUCAUCCAUUACCGUGUGACUAUGUGGCCGUACCUUGGAGUUAUUCCGGUCUCAUCGGCCCGUAUUGCAAUUGGAUCAUCCGGACGACCGGCUCGAAUUUUUGCCUCGAUCACGAGCCAGAAGGGAAA